AUGACGAACACGCUGGUGGGCGAUGUCUACCAGAAGAUCAUCGAAGAGGUGGUGAGCGCCUCCAGCAAUGACUUCGAGGAGAGUGGUGUGAUGGGCUCUACGCUCGAGGAGUUGCGACAGGAAUGGCAGGCAAAGCUCUCAGCACGCCAGGUUGCGCAGAUGCCAUGGGACCCGAAGCCACAACCUCCAGUGCAACAACCCCCUCCGUCUCAUAUGCCAUCGGCGGCUGCAAAUGGCAUGCCACCGCAAGCCUACCCACCAAACCCGUAUGCAACCGGACCUGGGAGCGGUAACGAGCGCAUCAAGAUGGAACCCGGAACAGAGCAGCAGCAGUAUAAUGGCCUGCCCAACGUCGCGUACCAAAAUGGCAACGGUGGUGUUGCUGCUGGCGGCCUAGCCAGAGCCCAGCAUCUCGUUCAACAGCAAUAUGGCGCAGCAGGCAAUGCAUCAAUCAAUGCAAUGCAGCAGCGCGGAGGUCUUGCUCUACCUGGCCAACAAGCCAAACCCCAAGGCCUCAGCCUACCUGCAGGAACUCCUCAAAAUGCGCAGCAAACUUAUCAGCAGCAGCAACACGUGGCGAUGGCCCAUCAGCAGCAACAAUUAGCACAGCAGCAAGCGCAACCACGCAUCAAGGUCGAAAACGACAGUCCGCAACUACAGCAAGGUUCUUUCAAUCAGCAGUCUUCACAAGGUCCCAAUUACAGCCAAACCGACGGUGCCGAUGAAGGGCUUGAGGAGUGGAAAGCUAUGCUUGCCGAAAGGCGAGCAGUCAGCGCCGAGCAGACCCGUCAUGCUGACCGUAUGAUGCACGAUCAUGUCGCGAACCUAUCCGCGAACCUUCAGAGCGGCUUGAUGGUACCACUGGACCAGCAGCCCAAGCGAUCAAGGGGCAAGCAACGGCAAGGGUCGCCAAGCACAUCUUCAGCAGCUUCAUCCUCACGGCUUCCCACAAUUCCACAGCUGGAUGGCGAAGCCGAAGAAGACGAGGAGAAGCCAUCAGUCAAGGACGAGGACGAUGAGAAUGCCAUCAACUCGGAUCUCGACGACAGCGAUGAUGAAGGUGGAGCGGGCAUGGGCGACGAUGAUGACGAAGAAGGCGACAACAUCCUCUGCACCUACGAUAAAGUGCAGCGCGUCAAGAACAAGUGGAAGUGCACUCUCAAAGAUGGCGUUAUGAGCGUCGACGGGAAAGAGUGGGUCUUUCACAAAGGCAUGGGUGAGUUCGAGUGGUAG